GCCCCCCUUCACAUCGUCGUUGUCAACAAACGCCCAGUCUGUGUCUCGCCUGUGUUGAAGUCAGUCAGUCGAUCUUUGGUGAAUUGUGCGGUGUGGGGCGCAUCAACGCAUCAUCAUGGCUCCGAGAGCCCCAAGAGCCCCAAGGGCUCCAAGAGCCCCAAGGAAUCCGCCGGCCAUUCCGGGGGUGAUUCGAGCCGGCAAACGGACUCAAAUCACUCUCGAAGGGAAGCUGAAAAUUUGGAAGAGGUAUGAUGCUAGGGGGCCACUGACUCUCAAGCAGCUGGCACAGGAGCUAGGGUUGAAGAAUGUGUCAACCCUCUCUACCAUCCUGAAAAACCGGAAAAAGAUUGAAGAGGCGGCUGCCAAUGCCGGCAGCAAGCACUGUAAGAAGAGAAUGCGGGUGCGUCAAGGCAAGUACGUGGUCAUUGAAAAUGAGCUCGUCGAGUGGUUGAGGCAGGCCCUUAAUCGCAAGAUCCCGGUGUCAGGCGCCUUAAUGUCUCUUCGCGCGAAGCAGAUCGCAAAGAAGUACGACUUCCCGAAUUUCAAGGCUUCAAACGGCUGGCUGACGAGGUUUCGGCGUCGCAAUAACGUGCUGUGCAAGAAGCUCCAUGGGGAAAGUGCGGACGUGGAUAUGACUACGGUGAACACGUGGAAGAAGGACAUCUUGCCUCAAAAGAUUGAGGGCUACAACCCACAGGACGUUUACAAUGCAGAUGAACUGGGACUAUUCUACAACCUUCUUCCUGGGGGCUCCAUGGUUCUAAGGAACGACGAUGACCACGGCGGCAAGGGCAGCAAGGCUAGACUGACGGUGCUCCUGGCCGCCAACGCCGACGGCUCGGACAAGCUCCCGCCACUUGUUAUAGGGAAGUCCGUCACCCCUCGCUGCUUCAGGGGUGUCAGGACUAUCCCUGUCCCUACAAGUCUCAGGCGAAAGCGUGGAUGA